GCGAAUCAAGGUCGGCCGUCCCAACAACAUUGCUUCCCCUUCGCCUGCUGCGCAGACCAUUGCGAACCCUCUCGCGUUCAGCCAAGCUGCACUGGCUGCUCCCAACCCCAACCUCCUCGCCACCGCAAAGCUCCAGGCUCAGGUGAUUGCGAGCAGCAUCAACCAGAAGGUGCCAGGAGUUGCCGAGGUGCCGCAGAAGCCAGCAGUGAACACGCGCGUGUAUGUGGGCUCGAUCGUGUACGACCUUGCAGAGCCGGAUAUCAUGGCCAUCUUCCAGGCCUUCGGCCCCAUCAAGUCGUGCCAGCUCAUUCCCAACCCCGACACGGGCAAGCACAAGGGCUACGGUUUUGUUGAGUUUGAGACGGAGGAAGCAGCCAAGGGUGCCAUCCAGUGCAUGAACGGCUUCCAGCUGGGUGGCAGGCAGCUCAAGGUCGGAUGGGCCUCUGCCUCACAUGCCCCAAGCGCUGCUUCACCAGCGGCACCUGCCUUCCCAAGCGCCAUUCCAGGCAUGCCGGCUAUCCCGGGGUUCCCCGGUGCUGCCUUGCCAGCAGCAGCAGGAGGGGCGGGGCUGAUGGGAGCAGUGCCUGGCGCUGUCGCUGCUGCCUCCCCAGCAGAGGCAGCAGCAUCACUGCCAGCUUCGCCCUGUCGCUGCAUUGUGAUGCGGAACAUGGUGACACCAGAGGAGGUGGAUGAUGACUUGCAGAGCGAGGUGACGGAUGAAUGUGGCAAGUUUGGCAAGGUGGAGCGAGUUGUCAUCUACCAGGAGCAACAAUCGGAGAAGCCAGGCGAUGCAAUUGUGAAGAUCUUUGUUCUCUUCUCAAGCACCCCAGAGGCACAGGCAGCACAGCAGUCGCUGCACAACAGAUGGUUCGGAGGCCGGCAGGUCAUUGCAAG